AAGCCAGGUCCACUAAGCUGGUAAACAAACACGCUGGAAGCGCCUCCUCCCCUCGUCCUCCUGCCUAAUCCUUCCUGGCGCUGCCUUCUCCUCCUGGAGACAGGGAGAGCGUGGGAGAAAAAGGGGCGCAGGUGGCCUCACCUCCGCCCGGGGCUCCCCACGCCUCGUUCUCCUCUCUCUCUCUUUCUCUCCCUCCCUCCUUCCUCCUCCUCCUCUUCGGAGGGCGGGCGGAUUCCCAAAACCAAACCCUCGCCCCGGAAAACAAAGGCAUCUAUCUAUCCUCCUCCCGAGCCAAACUGACGACAGCGGAAGCUUUGCGCUCCAGCUGCUGCUGCGCCUCCGACGAGAGAAGAGAGAGAGCGGGAGGAGAGGCGGUUGUUGUGGACGUUUAGGAGGAUCAAGAGGAGGAAGAUCUUCUUCCGAAGGAGCACAAGGAGUGGGUUUGCUGCCUCUGCUGCUCCUGCCUUGAGCGCAGGUGCUGAAACGGAAAGGUUUGGCGUCCAGGCGCAACCAUGUCGGCGCCCUGCUGUGCCAGCCAGUUGGCCUGUUGUUGUGGCACUGCUGCCUGUUCGCUUUGCUGCCAGUGUUGCCCAAAGAUAAAGCAAUCAACCAGCACUCGCUUUAUGUAUGCCCUGUACUUCAUCUUGGUGACUCUCAUCUGUUGUGUCAUGAUGUCAGAGACAGUAGCAAAAGAAAUGAAAGAACAUAUUCAUUUCUAUGAAACAGUAUGCCAGCACAUUCAAGCAGGUGACUCCUGUGAGAAGCUGGUGGGCUACUCCGCAGUGUAUCGUGUGUGUUUUGGAAUGGCCUGCUUCUUUUUCAUCUUCUUCUUGCUCACAAUCAAGAUUGACAGUAGCAAAAGUUGUCGUGCAUAUAUUCACAAUGGAUUCUGGUUCAUUAAACUUCUAGUCUUGGCAGCCAUGUGCUCAGGAGCCUUUUUCAUUCCAGAUCAGGAUACUUUUCUUAAAGCAUGGCGUUAUGUAGGUGCUGCGGGAGGGUUCCUCUUCAUUCUCAUCCAACUUAUGCUGCUUGUAGAAUUUGCGCACAAAUGGAAUAAGAAUUGGACAUCUGGUGCAAGGCAAAACAAACUCUGGUACGGCUCCUUAGCUUUUGUGACGCUCACGUUGUAUUCCAUAGCUGUUGGAGCGCUGAUUGUGAUGGCUGUCUUUUACACGCGUGCUGAUGGCUGUACGUUUAACAAGAUCCUGCUUGGCGUCAAUGGUGGCUUAUGCUUGCUUGUUUCAAUGGUAGCCAUCUCACCCUGUGUCCAGGACCGUCAGCCACAUUCAGGCUUACUACAGUCGGGCAUCAUCAGCUGUUAUGUCAUGUAUCUUACCUUCUCAUCACUUUCAAGCAAACCUCCAGAAACUAUCCUCGAUGAGAAUCAGAACAACAUCACAAUCUGUGUACCUGAAUUCAGCCAUGGGCUGCAAACAGAUGAAAACUUGGUGACUGGGCUGGGAACUACCAUCCUUUUCCUGUGUAUUUUAUAUUCUUGCUUGACCUCGACAACACGCUCAAGCUCUGAAGCACUGCGGGGUAUAUAUGCAACACCCGAAACUGAAAUAGCUCGCUGCUGCUUCUGCUGUGCUCCAGAUGAAGAUGCCGAAGCUGAAGAGCCUGCUAUCAGAAAGGGAGGCCAGAAAGUGGUUUACGAUGAAAAGAAGGGCACUGUGUACAGCUACUCAUUUUUCCACUUUGUGUUCUUCCUAGCUUCUCUUUAUGUGAUGAUGACUGUUACCCACUGGUUCCAUUAUGAAAGUGCUGCAAUCGAAAAAUUCUUCGCUGGAACCUGGUCCAUAUUCUGGAUUAAAAUGGCUUCCUGUUGGAUGUGUGUCCUUCUCUACCUGUGGACUCUUCUAGCUCCUUUCUGCUGCCCAACCAAAGAAUACUCCGUGUGAACCUCCUUCUGUUAGGGAAUGGAGAAAACAAGUGUAGUAACCACCCUAACAUUGAUGGUUAGGCUGUUGCUUCCUCUUUUAUAUAAAAUGUAUAGGUUUAUAUGUUUUGGGAUUAUUUUUUAAACCUUUAUUUGUAUUAUCCAGUUUAAGAGAUCCUGAUGUGAAAAGAGUCACCUCAGUAUGGAACUCAAUUAUAUGAAUAUUGUUAAAUAUCCCAUAAUAGUUAAACAUAUUUUUAAAAAUUAUGGACAACUAUUUUGUGUUUUUCCCAUGAGAGAACCUAUUCUAUUUUCUUCAUUUGGCUCUUGCUGAUGCUGUAAUUUAAUAGUCCUCAUUAGCAUUGAUAUCUUGCUUUUCCAGAUUUUCCUGACAAACCAAACACUUGUGUAGAACUAUAUCUUAAAAUCUUAAAACUGGAAGGAAAACACCAUCAUAGGCAGGCAUAGCAUCAGUUCAAGGGUAUUUUUUCUGUAUUAGAUGCUCAUAGUAAAUUAUUGCAGAUGGAUUAUGGAAGAAAGGUUUAUGGUGUAGAGCUAUUUAUUUAUGGUAAUAAUGAAAGGCACCUUUAUGUAUCAAUGGGUGACAUGAUGUGGAACCUGAAAAUAUGACUGGGAAGUGAAACACUGUAAAGAUUGGUGCAAUUAAUGAAGAGCUGUUAUGAGCGUCUCUGGGACUAAAAUGUAUCAAGUUGGACUGAUAAGCAACAAAACACGAGUUCUGCCUAUGUUAGUAAGUCUGUCUUAGUACAUUUAAGAAGCCUCUUUUUUGGAAGGGUUGUUAAAUAAAUCUGGGAUCUACUUGAAAUGGUGAUUUAACAAAUGACCUAAAAGCAGGGUCCAAUUAUGGCUACGGGAAGAGUAAAUUCCAGUAUAAUGCUGUCUGGGGAAAUCCUCUGGAAUUGAUUUUCCAGAAAUGUAAGGGUGGGUGGGGCAGGUUUCACUACCACAGUGUUGGAUCUAUCACUGAUAAAGGAAGUGAACAUAUGUAUUGCAAAGUAACCUUAUUCUUAAGAAUAAUUUGGAAUAUUCAUCUUUUCUCCCGGGUUGGAGUUGGUUGUUGAGUCAUUUGGCCCAUCACUUCGUAGAUUCCAGAUUUUGUCCAUGAGCAUGUUGUGAGAUAAUUCUUUUAAAGUGCAAUUGUAGAUAGAGAUUAUAUGAAAAACCCACUGUAAAUUUAAUGCCUGGGUGGAGGGAACUGCAACUUUGCCUUUCUUACUCCCAAUUAGAUCUUGCAUCUCCUGUGCCUACCAAAGUUUUCAUAGGAACUCAAUCACAAUAAGAACUAAAGCACAAUUUUGGAAAGGUUUAAGGCUUACAGGCUCUGGAGUCAUAGGGUUAUUGUAGGUUUUUCAGGCUCUAUGGCCAUGUUCUAGAAGUAUUCUCUCCUGAAGUUUCGCCUGCAUCUAUGGCAGGCAUCCUCAGAGGUUGUGAGGUCUGUUGGAAACUAGGAAAAUUGGGUUUAUAUAUAUGUGGAAAGUCCAGGGUAGGAGAAAGAACUCUUGUAUGUUGGAGCUGGGGGUGAAUGUUUUAAUUGGCCACCUUGAUUAGUGUUGAUGGCCUGACAUUUUUUAGUAUGGCUUGUUACUGCCUGAGGGAAUCCUUUAUUGAGAGGUGAUUCACUGUCUCUGCUUGUUUCUUGUCUGGAGUUCCCCUGUGCUUAGUAUUGUUUUUUAUUUACUGUUAUAGUUUUAGAGUUUUUUAAAUACUGGUAGCCAGAUUUGGUUCAUUUUCAUGGUUUUUUUUAUCCACAUGCUUGUGGAUUUCAAUGGCUUCUCUGUGUAGUCUGAUAUGGUAGUUGUUAGAUUGGUCCAGCAUUUUUGUGUUCUCAAAUAAAAUGCUGUGUCCAGGUUGGUUCAUCAGGUGCUCUGCUAUGGCUGACUUCUCUGGUUGAAGUAGUCUGCAGUGCCUUUCAUGUUCCUUGAUUUGUGUUUGGGCAAUGCUGCGUUUGGUGGUCCCUAUGUAGACUUGUCCACAGCUGCAUGGUAUACAGUAGACUCCUACAGAAGCGAGAGGAUCUCUCUUGUCCUUUGCUGAAUGUAGCGUUUGUUGGAUUUUCUAAUGCUAAUCAAGGUGGCCAAUUGAAACAAUCACACCUAGCUCCAACAGACAAGAGUUCUUUCUCCCACCCUGGACUUUCCACAGAUAUAUAAACCCAAUUUUCCUAGUUCCAACAGACCUCACAAGCUCUGAGGAUGCCUGCCAUAGAUGCAGGCAAAACAUCAGGAGUAAAUGCUGCUAGAACAUAGCCAUACAGCCUGAAAAACCUACAACAACCCAAUGAUUCUGAACAUAAAAGCCUUCGACAACACUCUGGAGUCAUAAUCCAGAAAUAACGAGUCAUUUCUUUUUUGAAACGUUGGAUUAAAACUAAUGUUUGAAAAACUGCCUUCUAUAUUUGAAUAAUGUUGGAAGAGAAUACACAUAAAUAUUGAAGUCAUGGUAAGGCUGCAGUUCCAGGCACACUCACCUGAAAGUAAGGCUUUCAAGACAGGACUGAACUGUAAACAAUGUUAAUUGUUGAUUUGGAGGAAAGCAUGCUUCAGAUAUUAGCAUUCAGCUUAUUUGCUAGGUCAAUGCCUUCAUUUUGGCGCAAUGUUUACUGCAUGGCAUUCUUUCAGCUCAGAAGAAGUGGCUGGCAAUCAUUCAGUGUUGAUGUUCUACUGAGAGCAAAGUUAGCUGUGGUGUCUAGAUUCCCAUUUUUCAUUAAAAAUAGGCCAAACUAGAGUGAUAGUUUAUAGGUGUGUUACUAGGAGUGGUGUUCCCUUCCUGUGUGAUGGUGCUCUCAUGCUUGGGUUGUUACGUAUUGUGCUAUUUGCAGCAGGAGCUUUCAUUUAGUAUGUCUUGCUAAUUAGAAAUGGCAGCCACCUGUUGGUGUGAGCAGAAGUCCAGCAUCCAAAUCAAGGAAGAAUGUUUUGGUUUCUCCUCUAACGAUGCUAGAACUAACAUACAGUAUCCUCUUUGCUGUUUUAUCUUACUCAGUUUAUUUAUUUACUUAAUACGAUUGUUCCCUCUCCACAAUGACUUCUGCAGAGUUUGAUGGAGCCUAAGUUGUACUUAUUAAUGCUAAUAGUCAGACUUAAAGGAGUAGUGCCACCUUAAGCAGCUCAGUAUGAGAAACUGAACAAUUCGAGUUAAUAAGGGUGUUAGGCAGAACCCCCGGAGGCACAGUGGGUUAAAUCGCUGAGCUGCUAAACUCAUUGACCGAAAGGUUGCAGGUUCGAUUCCGGGGAGCGGCAUGGGCUUCCGCUGUUAGCCACAACUUCUGCAAACCUAGCAGUUCAAAAACAUGCAAAUGUGACUAGAUCAAUAGGUACGAAGAGCCAUCAGUACUUCUUCUUCCCUUUUGGUCACAGGGUAUUUUCUGAUCUUUUUUUUAAUGAGGUCAUAAAAUAUCUCCUUCGCUUGUUUUAGCAAUACCUAAUUUCUCUACUUACAGCUCAAGCUGUUUUUGAACUGCUUAGGUCAACAGUAAACUGGGCUGACAGUCAGGAGCUCAUGCCAACCCGGGGCUUCAAACUGGCAACCUUUCAGUUGGUAGAUCUUAUAAUUGCUGGUGAUUUACCAGCUGUGCUAAAGCCCUACCAGCUGUUAGGAAUUGGGGGAGUCAAAGUCCAAAACAUCUGGAGGGCCGAAAUUUUCCCAUGCCUGCUGUAACUGCAUAUUUGUCAAUAUAUGCUGCACCACGCAAGCCUUUUCUACUUCGUGCUGCCUAAAUCAACUUUUAGGUGUUGAACUACUAGGUUCCUAUGAAAUUCUAGCUCUCCUUAGUUCCUUAAUGUUAAAUGUUCUUGAAAACUUUAAUCUCUGAAACACUUGGAAGUAUAUACACCUCUGAAGAACUUGAAAGCUUUUUGAAUAGGGCAGCAUCUUGCCUUUUUGAGUGUGCUUACAAAGGGAGCCGGCAUAAGCUCAGGAAGGGGAAUGGUGCUACUAUUUAAAAGUGACCUUUAUCGUUUCUAGUUCUUGCUUGAAUUGUUCCCUGGAGACUUUUCUUGCCUUUGUAUUCUGGUGUUUUUGGAGAGAAAGAAGUGAAUCCUUGAUUGCAGUGGAUUGUAACUGGAAGUGUUGGGAGAGAGAUCAAAUGCUGGUGCUCGGUUAUGACCCUGCCAAAA